AUGGAAAUUGAGCAACUAAAUAAGCUGUUUUCAGAGUCAAAUGGUAUUGAAGAAGUAGCGCAUAGAUUAACGCCAGAGUUAUUUGUCGAUAUAAUCAGAGAUUUUGAUUCUUUCCCAUCAAAAAUCCAAUGUUCUUAUCUUCAAACAGCAUUAUUCUUAAACGACGAACAAUUUAGUAAUAUAUCGAAUGGAUACAAGAAAAUACUUGAUAUUGCAUCCAGAUCAACUGAUCUUUGGGUUCAAAGAUUGUACGAACACUUCAAAAAUUACCCAUCACUAGAGAAAGUUGAUGAUUUUAUUAUGUUCCCUCUUGAAGCACAAAGCUAUGAUGAAUAUCAGCCAUUUAAAUUCAAAAGUGAUCCAAAACCAAUCGAAAAUCACAUUGGUCCGGAUCCAGCUUUUUCAACAGCACCUCCAAGUCAAUACAUUAAGAAACCAAUAGCUCCAGAAGUACCAGGAGUAAUGCCAAAACCAUCAUACAAACAACAAUCUCAGAAACAAAUGUCCAUCAGCGCUUUCAUUCCAAAUCAUCAUUAA